UUGAAGAAAUUCAAAUUAGUCUUUCUUGGCGAGCAGUCAGUGGGUAAGACUUCAUUGAUCACUAGAUUCAUGUAUGAUACAUUCGAUAACACCUAUCAAGCUACGAUCGGGAUCGAUUUUUUGAGUAAAACUAUGUACCUCGAAGAUCGAACUGUUCGACUUCAACUUUGGGAUACUGCUGGUCAAGAAAGGUUUCGGUCUUUGAUUCCAUCUUACAUACGUGAUUCAUCUGUUGCUGUCGUGGUUUAUGAUGUUGCUAAUCGAACAUCUUUCAUGAACACAUCUAAAUGGGUCGAUGAUGUAAGAGCCGAGCGAGGAAACGACGUGAUCAUAGUACUAGUAGGAAACAAGACAGAUUUAGGAGACAAACGACAAGUCUCAAGCGAUGAAGCUGAGAAGAAAUCAAAAGAGUUAAACGUGAUGUUUAUUGAAACAAGUGCUAAAGCUGGACACAAUGUUAAGACUUUAUUUAAAAAGAUUGCUCAAGCUCUUCCUGGGAUGGAUACUGCAUCUGAUGGUCGAUCAACAAACCAAAGUAAUUCAAUUUUUUCACUUUGA